CCUCCGCCGCCCCGGCCGCGCUGCGCGCCCCGCGGCCCGUAGUUUGCGGGCGAUGCCGGCGGCGGGCCCCGAGGCGGAGGAGGGGGGCGCGGCGGGGGAGCAGGCGGGCCCGGGCCCCGCCAAGCUGUGCGGGUACUUGCAGAAGCUGUCGGGCAAGGGUCCGCUGCGCGGCUUCCGCACCCGCUGGUUCGUCUUCGACCCGCGCCGCUGCUACCUCUACUACUUCAAGGGGCCGCAGGAGGCGCUGCCCCUCGGGCACCUCGACAUCGCCUCCGCCUGCUUCAGCUACCACCAGCCCGAGGCCGCCGCCGCCGGGGACGAGGCCGCCGCCUUCGAGGUGCACAGCCCGGGCGGCGCCGUCGCCGUGCUCAAGGCUGCAACUCGCCAGGAUAUGACGUACUGGCUUCAGGAACUUCAGCAGAAGAGAUGGGAAUACUGUAACAACCUGGAUGCAGCGAAAAGGGACAGCCGAACUUCCCCUACGCCAAGUGACUUUUCCAAAGGUCUUGUUGCCAAAGACAAUCCUGAUUUGAGUAUCCUAAGUCAAAAUGCUUCAGCAGAGAGAGCUAGAAAUAUUCUAGCUGUGGAGACUUCUCCUACAGACCUGGUGGGGGAACAAGCAGCUUCCCAACCUGCACCAGUCCAACCAAGUGCCAUCAAUUUCUCACUUAAACAAUGGAGUACCGAAAUCAAAAAUUCAAUGUCCUCCUUAAGAAAAGGAAAUAACGAAAACCGCAAGAGCGUAUUUUAUACCACCGAAGAGUGGGAAUUGCUGGAUCCAACCCCAAAAGAAUUGGAGGAGUCAAUGACCCUGGAAGAAAAGAGGAAACACCUGGCAGAAGGAAAUAAAGGACUGACUAGUUCAGCUUUUCCAUUCGAUUUUGGCCGCAUUCCACACAAAACAAGGCGCCCGUUAAAAGACAUGAUUGGAUCAACAAAAAGCCGGAACAGCAGUGACUCUUCUCCAACGGAGUGGUGUUCUGGUAAUGGCAACAAACUUGUUUCUGAACUGCAACUGAAGUAUCAAAGCCAGCAAGAAGAGUUGGAAAAGCUAAAGAAAGAUCUUUUGAGCCAAAAGGAACUUGUGCGACUUCUGCAGCAAACGGUCCGAUCUUCCCAGUAUGAUAAAUAUUUCACAAGCCGUCUUUGUGAGGGGGUUCCCAAAGACAAAUUAGAGUUGUUGCACCAAAAAGAUGACCAGAUUUUAGGUCUCAACAACCAGCUUGAAAAGCUAAAUCUGGAAAAAGAUAGUCUUCAGCAGGAAGUAAAGAAUCUGAAAUGUAAAGUUGGAGAACUCAAUGAGCAGCUCUGUAUGUUAAUGGAAACAAUUCAAGCUAAAGAUGAAGUGAUCAUGAAACUUUCUCGUCAGCUCAGUGAAUGUGAGGACAGUACAUCCUCUCAAAGUGGAGCAGUAAAUUCUUCCAUGGCCACCUGUGCUAAUAAGGAACUGCAGGAACUGGAUAGACUAAAAGACAAUCUUCAGGGUUAUAAGACCCAGAAUAAAUUUUUAAAUAAGGAGAUUCUGGAACUUUCUGCUCUACGAAGAAAUGCAGAAGCAAGAGAGAGAGAAUGGCAGGCAAAGUAUACUAGCUUGGAAGCCAAGCUCUGUCAGAUAGAAAGUAAAUACUUGAUCUUGCUUCAAGAAAUGAAAACUCCUGUUUGUUCUGAGGAGCAGAGCCCUGCUCGGGAGGUCAUCACACAGUUGCUGGAAGAUGCCUUGAAAGCAGAAACUAGUGAACAGCCGGAACAAGCGUUUUUCAAACCACACCUUGUCAGUGAAUAUGAUAUAUAUGGUUUUCAGACAGUCCCAGAGGACGAUGAUGAGGAGAAACUAGUAGCGAAAUCUCGAGCUUUGGACCUGAGAUCGCUUUCUCUCAGUGAAAAUCGAGAGAUCUCUGCGGGAGUCAAAUGGGAAAACUAUCUUGCAAGCACAAUGAAUAGAGAGAUGAUGCGCUGUGUAGAACUAAAGAAUCUUAUUCGAUCAGGAAUUCCCCAUGAACACCGUUCCAAGAUGUGGAAAUGGUGCGUCAAUCUCCAUGUUAAAAAAUUCAAGGACAGCACUGUUCCUGGGUACUUCCAAACCUUGCUUCAAAAUGCUCUGGAAAAACAAAAUCCUGCAUCUAAACAAAUUGAGUUGGAUCUUUUGAGGACUCUGCCAAACAACAAACAUUAUUCCUCCCCAACAUCUGAAGGGAUCCAGAAGCUGCGAAAUGUGCUGCUGGCAUUUUCGUGGAGAAAUCCUGAUAUAGGGUAUUGCCAAGGGCUCAACAGAUUGGUAGCAAUUGCACUUCUGUACCUGGAACAGGAAGAUGCUUUCUGGUGCCUAGUAACAAUAGUGGAAGUUUUCAUGCCUCGUGACUAUUAUACCAAGACUCUGCUAGGAUCUCAGGUUGAUCAGCGAGUAUUCAAGGAUUUAAUGAGUGAGAAGCUCCCGCGACUGCAUGCUCAUUUUGAACAGUACAAAGUUGACUACACUCUUAUCACUUUCAACUGGUUCCUCGUGGUGUUUGUGGACAGUGUGGUUAGCGACAUCCUGUUUAAAAUCUGGGACUCCUUCCUAUAUGAGGGACCAAAGGUAAUAUUCCGAUUUGCCCUGGCACUUUUUAAAUACAAAGAAGAAGAAAUCUUAAAACUGCAAGAUUCCAUGUCCAUUUUCAAGUACCUUCGCUAUUUCACACGCACUAUACUUGAUGCUAGGAAACUGACUGGUAUUGCUUUUGGAGACCUCAAUCCUUUUCCAUUGCGCCAGAUCAGGAACAGGAGGACCUAUCACCUGGAGAAAGUGCGUCUUGAACUAACUGAGCUAGAAGCCAUUCGUGAGGAUUUUCUGCGUGAACGAGAGACAUGUGUAGAAAAAAGAGACCUUAUUAGUGAUGAUGAGGAGGAUAGUUGAAACUACUCAACCUAAACUUUUCUUUGGGAUCGUGACCAAAGUGAGUUAACCUCCAAAACACUUUAUUAAUCCUGUCAAACAGAAUGUAAAGUAGUUGCUUUUGGAAAUAUGCAGGACAGAUUUCCAAACCCCAGCACUUUCAGAAAUAUUGUUUUGUAUGGAGGCCAAACACUUCUGUUUACAUUUAUGUUCAUGGAAUUGUCUGUAGAGCACUUAAUAUCUGUCUCAGUUUAGUUCAACUGCUGAAUUGACAGGUUUUUCCCCACAGUGCACUGUUAGUGCCCAUUCGUGGAGUAGUAGGAACAAAGUCCUCGCUGCAUUUACUACAUUCCUUGCCAUUCUGUGUUCUAGGGAUGUAGUCAUGUUUUUUGUAGCACAGGUUCAAUGUGGGAAGACGUCAUACUCUGUGGUUUCAGGUUGGUUCAAGAAAUGGCUUUCAUUGUGGUGGCCUUCAAUAAACCGGCCAAUCUUGAGGUCACAAAUUAGAAAAGUAUGGAAUGAAGCAGAGGAAGAACUUACACGCUCCUUUGUCUUGUCCUGAAGUGAUGUGAAAUGAAUCAUCAAACAGAACACUUGAAUAUAUGUCCUUAAAGAAAAGGUAAAAUACCUUUCCGUACCUGUCAUGAAAUGUUCAGUGUAUGCUGAAACACUGAUAUCAAACUCAUUUAUGCUUUUCUAGGCAGCUGUGUUGAUAAAGAUUCUCGUUAAUGCAAAGGGGUUUAUAGAUCAAAUCCUGUUGGUUCAACUUUAUUUCUGUUCACUUCUUUGAUUGCAAUGUCUCAAAAAAGCCACAACCAAAAACCAUCUCUUAUGGAAGAAGAACGGAGCUUGCCACAGGAAGACCAUGUUUGAGUAGCUAAUUAGUUGUGUUUCUGUUGAAGGCUUUUUUUUAUUAUUAUUAUUUUAAUACUUCUUCCUAUUUAGGGCUUAAAAUAAGGUGAAGUCUUGCUCUUUUAAGAAGAAACAUAGUGUUCUUUUUGCAUGAAUGUAUAACUAUUGUACAAUAGUGGUAGCGAUAGGAUUCCUAAAAUAAAUAUUUAUCAAAGGAGCCUAAAGGUCACAGCGUGCACAGAGGAAUUCAAGAUCUUCUUCCAGCAGAAAAAUGCAGUGUUCUUUCAAUGUGCUCAGCUUUGCUGUGUGUUGCACACGCGUCCCGCAAGACAGCUGUAAGCUUUGGGGUGUUUAGCUGUAGUCUUUCUGACUGGGGAAGUGUCACUGGAGGCCAUUCUUUCUCAUUUGAUGACAAACAAUACUCUUAAACGGUUCUGAGGAAGAGGAAGGUUUCUUUCUUGCUUGGCUGUUCUCUGUACUUUUGAAAUGUUCUUUCUUGAGCUGCUGGAUCUUCAGAAUGUUGCAUUGACUUAAAUGUUGUGUCUGGAUGUGUCAUGAUAAAGCUAGCAUCAAAUACUGGGCAGCGGAUUGCCCAGCUCUGGGAAGGUGGUUAAUGAGUAAAAAACAGAACUGGUGGUCGGGAACAGUCAAGUGCAUCAAGCUUCUGCUUCAUAUGUUUUAUCAGGUGUUCUCAUGUAAUUGUUUUAGCAAACUCAAGUGUUUGCCAGGAGAAAUCCUGCUUCUGUUUCACAGCACUUUUUUUCCUUUUUUUGAGAAUGUAUUUGUAGCCUUCUCUAAAUGAGCAUGUUACCGGUCAGUUUAUCCGGAAGGAAUGUAUUUAAUCAGUGGUGGACAUUGUAACUUACAGGAUGACUUUUGGUAUAAAUAUAUGCUUCUUAUAUGGCGUACAGUUUUUCAUUAGCCAAGAAAUCCUUGCCAAUGAGGGACACGUGGUAUGAUCAUUGCAAUUCGUAUGUCAUUUGUCUUCUAAAAUGUCCCCUACCUUGUCUGUUGUGAGCAGUAGUUUGGGGGCGGUUAUUCCCUAGUUACACUUGGUUGUGUACUUGAGUUUAUCAGGCAUGGUUUUCAUAUUAUUGCAUGUACUGUAUUCUUUUUACUUACAAUCAGAGUUUGAAUAUAGAAAUGGGACCAGGUUUUCUAAUUUUCUAGUUGUACUGUCUUGGUUUUGAAGGAGCUGGUCUCUAAAUCACUCUGUAAUGUCCAAUUUUUUUGUUUUAAUCUUGUUUUCAAGUGUUAAAUGAGAUCUUUGUAAGCUGAAGAUCUUCCUUCCAGUGGCAACAGUUGAGAUGUUAAGGUGAAGAAUUUGGAAGCAUCUACUUACCCUAUUCCUACAAGUCUGUUAUUCCUGGGGUUUGAGUCUUCACUGUGAACUAGUCUUAUGACUUGAGGAAGUGUUUUCAGGCUGAUUUCACUAAAGUGUUUAGGUUGUGAAGAUAAAACCAACUUCAGGAUAACUGUUCUGGAAAUUCUCUAGCUGACAGAGCACCGUGACCUGCAAUGUUACAGAACCAUUCCUUUUUCUUUUUUACAUCCUUGUGCUGAUGUUUAAAUAUUGCUGUGUGUCAUUUUAUCAGCUGUAACCCAAUUGUACAGUAAAACUAAGUAUCUCUUAUGCCACAAUGCGAAUCUAAUGCAUGAAUCUUACUCGGGGUAUUUUGAUACCUUGCAAGUACAAAAUGAGUUGAUGUUGUGUGAUACUCAAGUUCCCAGUGAGCUGUUGGCUUUAUUUUGUUAAGCAUUGUUACUGAUGUCUUAGCUCAAAGGUAAAGACAUUGCAGAGGCAUCUAAGCUCUGACCACUAGAAGCCUACAGAGAACAGAAAUGAGAUGCAUAUAGCAAGAAGCAGUGUCAGGGUAAGCUGGCCUUGCUGUUGCAAAUGUCUUUGUGUGACUAGUAGUUUUCUCGUAGUGCUUAAUCUGGUAACUUUGAAGAGUGGUAACUAGUUAGGGACAUGCAAGAUACAAGGGCAGUGUUUAAACCCGAUGAAGCCAAGCAAAAAUGCAGUGUGACUCUGGCCUGCAAAAGCUGAGCUGCAUAGGUGCCAAGUGUUUGUGUUUAAGGGUAAACAUCUGAAACAGUGCAGAUUUAACAUUCCUGCCAGCCACUUAGUAAGAAAUUGGCCUGUUAAUGCAAACAAAGACUGCUAAGACUAUUUUUUAACUUCAAUAUCACACACACUUGUGAAGAGUUUCUUAAGCGUGGUUCCCAGUACAUGUGAUGUAAACAAAACCACUAUUUUGCAGAAUAUUCCUCCAUCUUCCUACACCUAUGCCUGGCUUUCCAGUGACACUUCUGUUACUUGCUUAAAAUGUUGUAUUAUCUUCUGUUAAAUAGGCAAAAGAUCGGUGCACUACACCUCUAGCUAUUAAAACUGCACAGUAUUUCAGCUUUACCUGUACAGGUAGUGUUAUCACUCAGUGUUAUUGGAUUGUUUGGGUUUUUUUUUACCAGCUAUGUAAUCUAUAAAAAGGGGUUUUUUGUUGGCCUUUAGAUGUCUUCUGUGAGCAAUUAUUCCCUUUCCUUCAGUCUUUGUAAACAUGGUAGGAUAUUUCAGCAGAAAGGGAAAGAUUUUUUUUUUUUCUUCCUUAAGACAUCAGGAAUGAAUGACUGGUUGAAACAGAGUUGUAUGUUCUUUCAUGCUUAACUGAGAAAUGGAAAAUUAAUCAAUUUAAUGAAAUUGUGUAGCUGUUUAAGUGAAUGUUCCCCUAAGUGCCACACUAGAAAUCAGCAAUAUGCGGUACAAGAGAUUUGAACUACAAAACAUAAGUGAUGUUAUUUUCAUAAAGAUUGAUGUAAAGAAAAAAUAAAUCGUUUAUUACUUUA